UUUAGAUAAACCUUCUUGUAUUGGAUCUAGGCUCCAUACUUGCACAUGUCCUUCAGCAAAGCGGUAGAACAAGAACAGUGGCAAGAUAAUUACAACAACCGAGGUAUCAAGAUGUAACCACAACUUAUCCAAUGUUACUCUCUAUCAUCAUGGGUUUUUGAAGUUGGAUAUCAUCUAUUCUGCCACCAACUUCCAUCUCUACCGCCUUUCUUAUCGCAAUUCUUAUCGGUCAACGCAUGAUAUUUUUGAAAGUAGUUCCCCCACGCAUAUUGAAGCAAGCAGACGGACAGUAUUCAACAAGAAGCAUAUACGGUGAAGAAGCGUGAAGAAUCAUAUUCUCCAAUCCAACAUUAGUUGACACCAGUUACACACACACACGCAUAUACACAUACACAUACACAUACACAUACACAUACAAAGAUGUCUAUCUCAAACGAAGCUUUACAAAAGGUAAAUUUAAACACCAAAGACUUCUUGAUAUGAGCCCCUUCUUCCCCCAAACCCUCCAAUAUCAAAACCAUAGUAAGAUUUGCUAACCAUCUCAUAGCUUGUCAACGAAAUUCAAUCUCAAGCUAUUCAAGCCGAACAACAAAUCAGUGUCGUCAAAUCUCAAAUCUCUCUCAAACAACGCGAAAUCCGUUUACUCGAACUUACAUCCACCGAAGUAUCCACGUUACCACCCAACACCAAUGUCUAUGAAGGAGUUGGAAAAAUGUAUUUGUCCCUUACACUUACUUCCCUUGAAACCUCCAUGUUCCUUGCUUUUCUUCUUCACAGCUUCAUUUUUUUUUCCUCUUAAACCACAUGGUCACUUCACAAGAUAGAUAGAUGUAACAAAGCAUUAAUGAUUGGACAGGUUCGUUUUCAGCCCUACAGCCAAUGUGGACAAGAGAUUAAAAAGCGAGACCAAGGAGCUGAAAUCGGAUAUUGAUAAUUUGGGCAAGAAGUUACAAUAUUUAGAGACUACGUAUGAGAAAAGUACGGAGAAUAUUGCGAGGAUUCUUCAAAGUGGUGGUCGUGCUUAAGGGAUUAUUAUUAUGUAUGUAUGUAUGUAUGGAAAUGAAUGGAAUGGAGUAUCUUUUUGUAUGCAUUUUAGAUUUAUGCAGAGUUGUAUGACGAUCGUUACACCUUUGGAAGGAUUUAACUUGGGAUGGUUGAUAGCUGUGGUGAGUGAGACUUGGAUGUGGGGAUGUUUAUGGUGAAGGAGUCACUCUUCACUUCUUUAGAGACAAACAUGCUUUUGAUGUCAUGUGCAGAGAUACAAAGAUCAGUUAUGGUCAGUUAUGGUCCUCUAUGGUACUCAUAAUCUGUUGGCAUUUCAGUCAACAGACUUGGAUUGAAUUGGAAUGAAAUGAAAUGAAAUGAGAUGAAAUGAAUUGUACAUUGUACUCGGGAUUUAUCAAAUACCGAGUAUCAAUAUCGAAAAUGAACCCAGUAACCUAAAAGUACUCGGCCUUCAAAAUAGAUCAAGACAAAUAAAAACAAUCUCCACCCGUUUCUUUUCCUUGCCACUAGCCUCCAAAAAUACCCUCAAAAUAAUCCAUCAUCAAUACUUCUCACCCAAUAACUCAUCCAAAGAACGCAAGGGAUAAAAC